UUUUUUUUCCUCCGGUUUUCCGCCCAGGUGACCGCGGAGAUCCAAUACGGGUUUUCCCUGAAACCACCUGACAGCUCGCGGCCCGCGGCGUCAUGUCGCGCGGGGACAGUCUGUACCGGUUUAUACUUUAACUUUGUAAUACCCAUUAUAAACGUACAUUUGUUUCCCCUUUAACAUGAACUAAUUAGUAGAAACAUGUAUCACACUUUUAUUUCUGACCUGUUUGAAAUGUUAAAUACUUUCAUCCCCCCCUGUUUUGAAUAAUCCUUCAAAUGGAAGCAUUUAUCUACAGCAGUGAGGCCCGAACACACCUUUUCAAUUGUGAUUGUAAAUAAUUGAAUAACUUCUGUGUAAAUAAAAAAAGAAAACCACAUUCUGCUGUGGAUGUGUGCUGAUUACAGUAUAAUCUUGAAUUGAUAAUUACGCCCCUUCCAAGGUCUGAAAACAAAUAUCUCCAUUCAUAGUGUAUUCAGUAUCAGCUUGUUCCUCCCUCUUCAUUGAAGCCGCAGUAUGAAGUUUACGAUAAAGAACAUGCACAGGAGCUCAUGAGCGGGUUAUGGGUCAGAAUUGAACACGCGCCACCUCAAAGGUCAGCCCAGGUGCACAAAGGUCAGCCCAGGUGCGCAAACACACAACCGAUGAUAUGGAACCUCAGUGCCAGUUAGUUUGCUGUAUGGGAUAUUUCUAACUUAAAUAGGCCAGCUUGGGUCCUUUUGAUGUUAAACCGUACCAAACUGACUCAGGCAGGGGUGAAAAACAAAAUAAACACAGAAAGCGUUUCGUCCAACUUUUAGACGUUGGUACAGAGGCUUCAGGCUCCAGAACAUUAUGCAAAUGCAGUCAAUUAGAACUCAACCCAUAAAGUGAUCACAUGGCGUUGUGCACUUUGAGGAACGGGUGACUCAUUCAUCCAGAUUGCACACCCAGUACAGUGGAAGAGAGAGAGAGAGAGAGAGAGAGGGAGGAAUAACCACCUACCAAGUGCCAAACUUGAGGCCAACCUUUCUCCUCCCAUCUCAUUCUUUCCUAUACGGGCACCCGCAGAUGGAUUUGCAGACAGCUCAGUAAAAGACGAGUCCUAAGAGGAGGAACAAAAAGACCAAGACAGUCUACAAAAGUCCUCAGAGCAGAGAGUUGAACUUCUUCUGACCAGCACUAAAAAGGAAAAAGAAUCGCAAUGGCGACUCCCAAAAACACUCCGCGAGGUGCCGGCACACCGCUGUCCCCCAACCGCAUCACCCGGCUCCAGGAGAAGGACGACCUGUGCAACCUCAACGACCGCCUGGCCGUCUACAUCGACAAGGUCCGCUCCCUGGAGAGCGAGAACGCCGGCCUGCGCCUGCGCAUCACCGAGUCGGAGACCGAGGUCAGCCGCGAGCUGACGGGCCUGAAGGCCGCCUACGAGGCCGAGCUGGCCGACGCCCGCCAGACCCUGGACUCCGUGGCCAAGGAGCGAGCGCGUCUGCAGCUGGAGCUGGGCAAGACGCGGGAGGACUACAAGGAGCUGAAGGCGAGGAACACCAAAAAGGAGUCCGAUUUGGCCGCAGCGUUGCAGAGGCUCAAAGACCUGGAGGCCCUGCUGAACUCCAAGGACGCGUCGCUGACCACGGCUCUGGGAGAGAAACGAAGCCUCGACGUGGAGAACAGGGAGCUGAAGGCGCAGGUCGCCAAGCUGGAUACCAGUUUGGCUGAUGCCAAAAAGCAGCUGCAAGAUGAGAUGCUGAGGAGGGUGGACGCAGAGAAUCGCAUCCAGACCCUCAAGGAGGAGCUGGAGUUUUCGAGGAACCUCCACUCUGAGGAACUGCGGGAGACCAAGCGGCGUCAUGAGUCCCGUGUGGUUGAGAUGGACAACGGCCACCUGCAGGACUUUGAGAGUAAGCUGGCCGAGGCGCUGACGGACAUGCGGAGCCAGCACGAGCUGCAGAUCAAAAUGUACAAAGAUGAGAUCGAGAAGACCUACAAUGCAAAGCUGGAAAAUGCUCGUCAGUCCGCGGACAGAAGCAGCCACCUGGUCGGAGAAACCCACGAGGAGCUCCAGCAGACUCGGACCCGCCUGGAGUCCAUGUCCAGUCAGCUCAGCCAGCUACAGAAACAGCUGGCGGCCCGCGAGGCCAAGCUCCGGGACCUGGAGGACGCCCUGUCUCGGGAGCGGGACACCACGCGCCACCUGCUCGGGGAGAAAGACCGCGAGAUGGCCGAGAUGAGGCAGCGAAUGCAACAGCAGCUGGAUGAGUACCAGGAGCUCCUGGACGUCAAGCUGGCUCUGGAUAUGGAGAUAUGUGCGUACAGGAAGCUGCUGGAGGGAGAGGAGCAGAGGUACGGCUCGCCGUUCGUCGGCGCCGCAGCGUUGUCCGACAUCUCCUCCUCCUCCUCCUCCUCUCACACCUGCCGGGUUUGUCCUUCUAGGCUGCGUCUCUCCCCCAGCCCUCCGCCCGCCAAAAUGGCGGGGAGUCGCUCGUCCGCCUCGGGAGUUCAGUCCCGCUCGGCCCACUACGGCGCUCAGGCCACUGCCGCAAAGAGGCGCCGCCCCAACGACACCGACAGCGAGGCGUCGAGCGUCGCGGGGGGCGGAGCCAUCGCCCGCACUCGCAUCGCCCAGCAGGCCUCAGCCAGCGGCCGGGUCACUGUGGACGAGGUGGACCUGGACGGCAAAUACGUCAAACUCGGCAACAAAUCGGAUGAGGAUCAGAAUAUGGGGAAUUGGCAAGUGAAGCGGCAGGUGGGGUCCGGUGCUCCGAUCGUCUUCAAGUUCCCGGUCAAAUUCACCCUGAAAGCCGGCCAGAGGGUCACGAUCUGGGCUUCUGGUGCUGGUGGAACCCACAGCCCCCCCUCUGACCUGGUGUGGAAGACUCAGCCCUCCUGGGGCACCGGAGACCAGUUCCAGACCACGCUGAUCAGCGCCAACGGAGAGGAAAUGGCAAUGAGGAAGGUCACUCGCACACAGUUUGAAGAAGAGGACGAUGACAUGGUGGCCCACAGCACCUGUGGAGACGGGGAGUACAACCUGCGGAGCCGCACCGUGGUCUGCGGCUCCUGCGGACUCCUUUCCGAUAAACCUGGGGCCAACUGCUCCGUGAGCUCGGCCUCCCGCUCCUUCCGCAGCGGAGGGAUCUCCGAGGGCCUACUGCCUCACUCCUACGUGUUCAGCUCCAGCACCCCUCGCAAGACGGGAGCCAGAAUGGAGAAGUGUCCAAUUAUGUGAGCCACCAUGGAUCCAUGCUGAAACAACUCCUUUAGUGUUUAGUUGUUACACGUAUUUAGUAACUAGUUCAAGUUAUUAAGUUCAGUUAACUUCUUUUGGAAUCAUUUACAAUUACUGUAUGACAACUUUACUGAAGACAACUUUAUACGGCUUUUUUUCUAAUGUAAAUAUGCAUGCUUUUGAAAUAUUUUCUUGAAUAUGUAAGGUGAUUAAAAAAGUAAGCGUGACAGAUAAAAUCCUACUUUCUUAUGGCCAUAUCCCAGUUAGAUCUGAUUUACACUUUGUGAACAUAGAGAUGCAGCCGGCUGGCAGUAAAUUCAUGUAACAUUUAAAACAUCAACACAAGGAAAACAUUUAGCUCAGAAUAGAGGUCUCACACACAGAAUCGUUGGUAUUGAUUAAACGGAAAGUUAAUAGUGUGCAAAUAAACCAGCAUUUCUUAAAACAUUUAAUACAUAGUCAUAGAUUGCCUCUUUCUUCUUAUCCCUACACUCAUAAGACACUUUGAGGCAGCUUUGUCCUGUUACUGUAUACAACUGCCAUGCCUCUUUUGUACGGUGUACCUUUAAAUGUGACAGAGGGUGUUUCAACAGUGUCUUCUGGAGGAAGGCCUUCUAGCCUGACAGCCCUCUGAAUGCCAUUCUGCUAUAGUUGGUCAUCAAACUUUGUUGCUUGCCCUAUUUGAAGAAUUGGAGGAAACAAGCUGCCGGAGUGUAGAUAUGCUUGUAGCAACUGGUGUCUUUCAGUUAAAGUACUGCAGAGCACAUGGUAGUGGUGUUUGGCUUUUAGUGACUUCCGUGGAAACAAAGUGCUUCCUUAAUGGAGGUAUUGAAUAAGAAUCUUGAGAUAUGCCACUUGGUUGGUUUGGAUCUUGGGUGAACUUUUUCUCUACUGUUUCCAAGUGCUUAUUGUACAGAGCAAGAUCAACAGAAACAAUUCCUUCCGAUACAGUCUGUUAAUGUACAAAUGUCAGCUGUCUAUUACUGAAUCUUACAGACACAAACCACACUGAUGGCAUAAAGAAGAGUUAAAAGCCCCGUUAUUAUUGGACAUGGCUACAAUCCGGUCACCAAGCGGCUGACAAGCAGAGGUUGUGUUGGGUGCUCGCUCCUUUUGCUUGACGCACGCUCCUGAUCUUGAAUCUAGAAUCGAUUGUUCUUCCUUGAGGUCCCGGAUGUUGUUUUAACGUUGAAUUAUUUGCGGUAUUUUAACGUUGAAUGAAAAACAUUCAGAUACAUAAUUUCAAUGCAUAAAGAUUCAGUGUUAUAAAUUCAAUCACCUUUUUCUUUCAAAACCCGAUGACACAGAUUUACUUCCUUAUGGUUGCAGUUAAGAGCUUUACCGCCUAAACUACCCUACUUGCAUAAUGUUGUGUGUAUUGUGAAAUUUGUGAAAUACAAUCUAAAUAAAUAGAUACACACUACACUACUUGUUGUUCUGACU